UCUUUGUCUUGCACACUUUCCUACCUCAGCCAGACGGGAUUUUAGCUAGUUUUUUUGCAGCUUCCGCAUUCGACUGAUUUUUAAUUUUUUUUUGAAAUGUCGUUAAAAUUCGUAAUGUUUGCCCUGUUUUACGUGGCCAUUUCUGGUGUCCAAGGACAGCUCGGGAUUGCAGGGGACGAUUUAAACUCGAGCUUGCACGAAAUUUUGGCCCUUGCAGAGAUGCAAAGGUUGGAAGCUAGUAUCGGUGCAGGAGGGGAUGAUAGCGAAUACUAUGACGAGAGGGGGAGCAAAUUUAGUGCGACGAAUCAACAAGAUUACCACCACGGAGAAAGUUCUUACCACCGAAGCAGCCCUGACCUCACCAAUGCACUGGGAGUCGAUAAGCAGGAGCUUUACAGGGCAUUUAUGCAGCUAAAGCAGGACAUGGCUGCGGCAGAAGACGGGUCAAAUUACGAUUCAGACUAUUAAUUUGAUCCCAUUAAGUUAUUUUUUAAUGAAUAAAGAGAAAAGUCAUGUUUUAAUGAAAAUAUUAAUCGUGAAACAAAUAAAGCUGAAGUCAAAAAUUUAGUAAAACUUGAA